AUGGCGGACGAGCUCCCUGAACAUGGGCGCGAGCUGCACAGACCAGUGACUGGCGAAUCAAGCAUGGUGAAAGGCAUAUUACAGCGCCUCGAUAAGCUGUUUGAGCAAUUCUGGCAUAGGAUAGAAGCUCGGAAACAAAACUCACAUCCUCAGCAACAGGGGAGGAGGCAAAGUGAAAGGAGCCAUGCAGGGCCUGGGUCUCACGUGGGCAAAGCACCGUCCAAAGCAUCAGCACAUCCUCGUCCUAACCCACCAAGACGAAGGGCCACUCCGGUCACAGCCGUAAAACACGCUUCACUACGGCACAAUCACGGCACCCGCACCCAGAGGCGGACCACUCCAG